AUGGCAGACGCCAUCAAACUAGAUGCCGACCUGGCGGCUUAUCUCAAUGCGGUCCCAAAGACCUAUUCUCUCAGUGUCCUUGCAGCAUUGGUGGGAUAUUUGAUCUACAAGUGGCUCGUUGCAACAGAUAUUCCGCACAUCAAAGGCCUGCCCGAAAUCCCAGGCGCAAUCCCCGUCUUCGGCCAUCUACUCAAAUUGGGUGAAGACCACGCCAGUGUCUGCGAGCGCUGGUGGCGACAAUAUGGACAUUCCGUCUACCAGAUCAAAUUGGGAAACACUCGUGCAGUGGUCGUAAACUCAUUUGAAGACUGCCGAAAGAUGUUGCUUGGUCACCAGAAUGCGAUUAUCGAUCGUCCCAAAUUGUACACUUUCCACGGCAUCAUUAGCAGCACUCAGGGUUUCACCAUCGGUUCGUCUCCCUGGGAUGAUUCAUGCAAGAAGAAGAGAAAAGCCGCCGGAACUGCUUUGGGAAGACCGGCAUUGAGGAAUUACAACAACAUGUUCGACCUAGAAAGCUACUGCAUCGUGCGAGACUUGAAGCGUGAUAGUAAGAAUGGUCAACUAGAACUCAAUGUCCGACCGUUUAUUCAACGAUAUGCCUUGAACACCACCUUGACUUUGUGCUACGGAAUCCGAAUGGACGAAGUCUACGACGACCUUCUUCGUGAGAUUCUCUAUGUGGGAUCCGCCAUCUCUCUCCUCCGAAGUGCCUCCGAGAACUUGCAAGACUACGUCCCGCUUUUGCGUUACAUGCCCAACAACGAGAAGAAUAUCCGAUCCAAAGAGCUUCGUGAGCGCCGAGAUGCUUACUUGAACCUAUUGCUUGAUAAGGUCCGCGCCAUGAUCAAAAAUGGCACUGAUAAGCCUUGCAUUUCUGCCGCUAUUCUCAAAGACGAAGAAACCAAGCUUACCGGAGUAGAAGUAUCUUCUAUCUGUCUUUCACUGGUGUCUGGUGGAUUUGAGACCAUUCCCGGUACUCUGACAUCGGCUAUCGGGUCCCUGGCUACACCUGAAGGUCAAGAAUGGCAAGACCGUGCUUACGCAGAUAUCAAGAGAUUCUACCCGGAUGUUCGUGAUGCCUGGACUGAUUGUAUCCAUGAAGAGAAAAUCCCCUAUAUCAAUGCUAUUAUCAAAGAGGCUGGUCGCUACUACACGGUCAGCGCCAUGAGUUUGCCUCGAAAGACGGUGACCGAAGUCAACUGGAACGGAGCAAUUAUUCCUCCCAAGACGAUGAUUUUAAUCAACGCUCAGGCAGGUAACCAUGAUGUCGACCACUUCGGCCCCGACGGAAACAAAUUCAACCCCGAACGAUGGCUCAAAUCCCUCGACCCUCCCACUGAAAAGGAGACUACAGGUCUUCCUCACUUGAGCUUCGGAGCCGGCUCUCGCGCCUGUUCCGGCCAAUUUAUUGCCUCACGACUUCUCUACGCCGCACUCGUCCGUAUCUUAUCAUCAUACAAGAUUGUUGCAAGCGAGGACAACCCACCCAACACGGACUAUGUGGACUACAACCAGUUCAAGUCUGCUUUGGUUGCUAUUCCGAGGGACUUUAAGGUUAAACUUGUUCCAAGAGAUGAGGCUAUGACGACUGAAUGUUUGGGCGCAGCUGAGGCACGGACGAAGGAUCAUUACAAGGAGUGA